GGAUAGAUCAAAAUUCCCAGAAUUAAAAUACGGAAAUUAGCAUUAUUUGGUUAACGAGAUGAAAUUGGCUAAGCACCUCUUAGGUGUUGACCGUUGUUCAGCUUAACCUCAUAUACAUUGUUCAAUCUUCAAGGCCUAGACACUAGUCCGCCUAUUUUGUCUAGGCGUUGUGGCGAUAAUAAUGUACAAAUGUCGGUCUUAGAAGCUGUGCUACAAACUUUAAAAACCCUAAGGUUUGAUAACUCAACGGCACCUUCCAAUGCUUCUGAUGCAGAAUAUGAGAACUUGGAAACAUCUGAAAAACUUCGAGUAUUUCACACUUUACCCACACUAGCCAGUAGUCUGGGUCCGGUGGAUACACGUGAAAAACUCAUACCUACAAUCUCGGAAGUUGUUUCCAACGCCAUUGAUGCUGGCGACGAUGAAAUUCUCAUGGUUAUAGCUCAAAAGCUGAGUUCCUUUGGCGAUCUAGUUGGUGGUGCUGAACACAUAUCUUUAAUUGUGCCCAUCCUGGCAAAUAUCAUAUAUUCCAUCGAGGAAGUUGUUGUAGCUGAAGCUGCUUGUAAUUCUUUAAUAGCACUCCUUCCAAAGCUUCCAAAUGAUGUUGUGGAUAGCACGUUUACCCCAAUUAUCCGUCACAUCAUUGAAGAGGAUCUUUAUUGUGCUUCAAGAAAAGUGGUUACAAAACUAAUUAUUGCCUGUUAUCCAAUGGUCUCAGCACGAAAUCAAGUGGAUUUUAAGUACCGACUUUUCCAUUUGGCUGAUAGUGAAGAUGAAGUCCCUUUAGUUCGGGCUGCUGCUGUUCAACAACUUGUUCCACUUGCAAAACUUUUCGGUCCAGAUUUAAAAUCAGAACUAAGUCUGCUGCUUGCAAGUUUGGUUUCUGAUAAUCAACGUGUUGUUCGAGCAGCCUGUUUACCACCGUUAGUGGAAUUGGGACGGAUGGUUACGGAUGCAGCAGAGUUUGACUCAACUAUCAGACCAUGUAUUGACAAACUUGCUGGGGAUCCUAGCAGAGAUGUGAGGCGGGCGAUGGCAUCAGUUAUCACAAAUCUUCAAACUUUAGUUUGUAAUCAUGGCGGAGCCAAUCGAUCAUUGCAUCAGACUAUGUUAAAUCUUCUAGAAGAUAAUGAAGUAGAAACGCGUAGAAUCAGUGCUGGUCAACUGAAAGAUUUCUGCCUUGCAAGCCCCAAAGAUAUUCUUGUUACCAUUUUGUUACCGCGUUUACGUGAACAUUUAUCCAUGGAACGUGAAGAACGAGUACGUUCUGAAUUGGUUCGAUGUGCUGUUGGUUUGUUACCAUCUAUUCGUCGAGAAGAUUGUCUACCUUUGGUACAGCAUAUUUUAGCAUUUUUAAAUGAUACAAGUUCACAGUCCAAACAAUAUGUAUUCGAGCAUUUUUCUGAAUUAGUAGCUUUAAUGCCUGCUAACGAGAUUCAGCUGACCUUAUUACCAAGUCUACUUCGUCUUUGGCAAGAUAAAAAUUGGCGUGUUCGUCUUGGUGUUGUUCAAUCAGUACCUUGUUUAUAUGAUAAGUUGCCGGAAAAUUGUUUACAGGAAACUGUUCUACCUGCAAAUCUUGCAUGGUUACGAGAUCCGGCGUGGUGCGUUCGUGAAUGUGCUUGUCGUAGUCUUGCUCGUUUAUUAGUAGCAUGUCCGGGAGCUUGCAAAAAAGCAUUCAGUGGAGUAGGAUCUAAAGCGACUACAAACUCUGGUUCAGGUAGUAUAACUUCUAAUCCAAACAGUGCUUCAUCUAAUGUAACUAAUCCAACUAGUGGAACAAAUGCAUCAAAUACUUCCACUGGUAAUCUUCCUAGUUCAACAAAUGCUCAAGUGUUAGAUCAAGCAAAUACUUCCGGUCUUUCAACUACAUCAAAUACUUCUGCUGUUAAUCCAGUCAAUGCUUUAACUACACAAGCUGCUGCAGGUGGCCUUAAAGCUCUUGCCGUAGAUACAAAUUAUCAUCUUCGUCAAAUAUACAUUAACGUAGUACAAGCUGUUUGGGGCCCUGGUAUCUUGGAUGAACCUCCUUACAGUGCCCUAGGUGAUGAUCCUAGCGCAGGAAUUCUCUUUCCUGCUUCCCGUAACAUCUAUGCUUAUUUGUCAUCAAAAACAUCGAAGAACCUCACAAAUUCAGAUAAUGUAAAUGUUACAACAGUUCCUAAAGGCUGCCAAGCACCACCACAAAUACCAAAUGUUUAUUUGACCGGGUGUGUAGCUCAGUUAUUACGUUUCCUAUUGGAGGAUGUAGUGCCAAAUGUACGAAUUUGUGCAACACAAGCCCUCCACGUAAUCUCCGGUUCUCUGGAUAAAAAAACUAUUCAAAAUGAUGUGAUACCGGUUUUAAAAAAAGUCAUAGAUUAUGAUUUUGAUCAGGAUGUUCGAUUUUUUGCACAACAAAGCUUAAACUAUUUUACAACUACCUAAUGUUUAUGCGUGUGUAUUCUUCUAAUUCUGUGACUUUAGUAAAUUUAUAGAAGAAGAAGAAGAAGAACUAGAAGGAAAAACUAUUUCAAUCAUCAUCAUCAUAUGGGGAUACUAACAAUAAUGUGAUGAUGAGCUGUGACUUAUUUAGGGAAAUGCAAUUGAUUCACUCUUUUUCAUGGUCAUUAUUAUGUUAGUUUAUUAUUAUUAUUUUUUCUCCUUUUUUAGAGAGAGAAAUCACUGUUCCAAAGUUUCUUCUACAGUUUUGCUUACUCUAUUUACGUUGCAUUCUUUCUUUUUUUUUCUAUCUGCCUAUACACUUGUUUCUCUCUGUUUAUUUUUCAAAUUGUAAUAACAUUUAUUUUCUACCUGAAAAACAAACACACUAUUCGCUUGUUUGUUUAUAUAUACAUAUAUAUAUAUAUAUAUAUAUAUAUAUAUACAUAUAUUUUGUUUUUGUUUUUUCAUUGUUUAAAGUCAGUUCAAGCAGCAAUUACGUUGUUCUUGUUGGUGUUUUUGUUGUUGGUGUUCUAUGUUGUACUCCUCGUUUGUUUCAUAUUAUGUGAAUCGAUCUCUCUCGCAUAGCAAUUGCUUCAUAUUGCUACUUCUGAUGAAAUUUUAAUUCCUGCUCAUUCAUUCUCUUCACUUUUUUUCUCGUUGCCUUAAAGUUAUUUUUAAAGGUAACAAAAUUGCAUGUGAAAUGUAUUUUGUGUGUACACCACGAUGACCACUACUAAUACUACUAUCAAUCAGCCCAGACCUUUCUCACCCUUUUCCACACAAUAUGCAUAUAAACUUGAUAUUGUUCUUUUGACUGAAUUUUGUUGGUUAUUGUUAUCGUCAUUGCCAAUGCUCGUUUGUUUUUUCUAUUCAAAGUAAUAAAGAGAUUGAAGCUCUAACAACGAUGACAACUGCAGCCACAAUGAUAAUAAACUUAAUUCUAACUAGCUAACUAACUAUGUAUCUUUUGUUUCAUCUUGCUUUAUAUAAUUCUAAUGCUAAUAAUGAUGAUCAUAAUUUUAAAAGUAAACCAGAAAUUACAGUUGCACACAAAUAUGUUAGUUGUUUUCUGUUCUUUUUUUAUUGUUCAAUGAAUGUGGCCAUUACUUUCUUUUUAGUGAACUUUAGUGUGCAAUCUUGACAGUUGUUAAUGUAAUAACUUUCUCGAUGUAUUGCAAAUGGAUUAGUUGUAUGUGUGUGCGUGUGUUUUUCAAUCACCUCAUUUAUCUUUAAAAUUCCAUUAGGUCUGUUAGGGAUAGUAGCUAAUAACAUUUCAACAUAAAUACAAACACUUAUUUGACUGUAAUUGCUCCCAUAAUCUAUUUAUAGUACAAAUGAGAUGUUCCAGUGGUCUAUCGUUGGGUGAAUGGAUACUCAGUAUUUCUGUCUGUGUUUUCUUUUACAUAUAUGAAAACAGAAAAUGAGAGUAUAAUUUUAAAAUUGGGUUUC